AUGAAACACUCUUCGAUGCAAUCCAGGACGUGGGCCGGACCCCUCGCAGCGACUGUGCUCACUGCGGCCUCCCUUGGACAUGCUCAUGUGAUGGGCAAGGGCCAGGCUAGCAAAUUGCCCACGCUGGGUUGGAACUCGUGGAACGCGUACCACUGCGACAUUAAUGCUGAGCAGUUUCUCGAGGCCGCUCAAGCCAUUGUGGAUCGCGGUCUUCGUGACGCCGGCUAUGGCUACGUCAACAUCGAUGACUGCUGGGCUGUCAAGAGCGGUAGAGUCGAUGGACACAUCGCCGUCGACAAGACCAAGUUCCCUGACGGCAUCGAUGGACUUGCUAAAAAGAUUCACGAAAUGAAGCUGAAGAUCGGAAUUUACAGCACCGCGGGAACACUCACAUGCGCCGGCUACCCCGCCAGCUUGGAGCACGAGGACGUCGAUGCUGCCGAUUGGGCAUCGUGGGGAAUUGAUUACUUAAAGUAUGACAACUGCAACAUUCCUUCCAACUGGCAGGAUCAAUACGUUGCCUGUGAUUCGGCAUCGACCCAUGUUGGCAACAACGGAACCUGCAACUCCAAGGAUGAGCCUCGCCUCGCACCCUCCGGCUACGACUGGCGCAAGUCUAAAUCAUACGAGCGAUUCUCCCGCAUGAGCGCUGCUCUUGCCAAGCAGAAGCGCGAGAUCGUCUACAACAUGUGCAUUUGGGGUACCGCAGACGUAUUCUCCUGGGGCAAGGACCUGGCCGCCAGUUGGAGAAUGAGCGGAGAUAUUACCAACACCUGGGACAGCAUCAAGUCCAUCAUCAACCAAAAUUCGUUCAAGAUGCACACAACAAACUUUUAUGGGCAUAACGAUGCAGACAUGCUCGAAGUCGGAAAUGGAAUUUCGCCCGCCGAGACGCGCACCCAUUUUGCGCUUUGGGCUGCUAUGAAGUCGCCCCUGCUCAUUGGCUCCAACGUCAAGAACAUGACGCAGGACGACGUCGAUAUCCUCAAGAACAGGCAUCUUCUGGCGUUCAACCAGGACGAUAAGUAUGGCGAGCCAGCGCAGCCGUACAAAUGGGGUGUCAACCCGCAGUGGACCUAUGACCCUGCUAACCCUGCCGAGUUUUGGGCCGGCCCGUCAAGGAAUGGGCAUCUUGUGCUUAUGAUGAAUUGUGUCCUCAAAUAUGCUGCAUAA